AUGACUUUUGUUAUGAUUUGGCACUACAUGAAUAAAACUGAAUUGAAAUUGAAAAAAAAAGUGCAAUACCACUGACGGCUGCCAGGUGCUGGCUCCAAUAGACUCCCAUUCAAAAAGCUUCAACUUCUCUCACAAAAUACUGAGUCAGUAGAUUUUUUCAAUGAGUCAUUAUGGUCUCAGUCACUAAAGUUGGGCCUAGAUUUGGGAACUUCUGAACUCAUGCAAAUAUUUUCUCACUAAUUCAUAAACCAAUUAAUAAAUGCACAUCCAGCAUUUGAUGAUUUGAGUGACAAAGUCAAAUCAAAAAGUGAAAUCAAAAAAGAGCCUUAAGGCUCACCAGGUUGUAAAGUAGAUGACACUGUGCUAAUCUGAAGUUGAGUUUUACAGAUAAGACAUAUGGAGCAGCAGAUGCAGUUAAAGGUGAGUUUGAUGAACUAACCUACAAGUACACUGACAUUUAGCACAAAAUAUGCAUCAAAUAAAUCCUUGUCCAUAGUUAUCACUGACAAUAUUUAAAGUUGCAUAUUAGCUUUAUACUACAAUCUAAGGAAAACCAUAACCCGGCUGAAUGAUCUUGUAGUCAGCUCAAGGGUUUUCUUGUCAAAAAAUAUUUAGAAACAAACUGGAACUGCCUUUACUGACUGAAAUCAAAAACAUAAGUUGUAAACACUAGCAACACAUAGAUGGAUGUCUGCUUUUAGUGUUACCCAUGCCAUAUUUGGCAUGUGUCCCAGAUUUAACCUUUGAUGUGUAAGCAAACUGGAUUCAAUAUAAGGAGUUCAAGAAGACAUGGCAGUGUGUGGUACAGAACCUUUAAGGAUUUUUUUCUAAAAACACUUAAUUUGGUCAAAACAUAUUUAGGAAGGCACUGGAACUGCCUUUACUGAUUAAAAUCAAAAACAUAAGGGGUAUACACUAGGAACACAUGUAUAAGAUGUCUGCUUUUAGUGUUACCCACACCACAUUUGGCAUGUGUCCCAGAUUUAACCUUUGCUGUGUAAGCAAACUGGAUUCAAUAUAAGGAGUCCAAGACAGCAUGUCAGUGUGUGGUACAGGACCCUUGAAGACACCUGCUUGUGGUAAGCAUAUCUUCUAUCUGAAGCAUAUCUUUUAUCUCAUUAAUAUGUUUAUUGAGCGAACCUUUCCUUUCAAACUACAAAUAUGUAAUAUGUUUUCAACAGGAUUGUGGAAUAUAACAGACUUUUGAAAGAGAGAGGGUCAGGUAUGAACAACUUUCUACUAUUUUAUAAUUUGUAGAUAUUUUAUGUGAAAUAAUUCAUCCUGUGACAAUUUUGUUUCAUCUGUUUUUGAAAACUGAGGUUACUGUUAAUAUUAUUAUAAUUAUAACAUUAUAACAUCACUGUCUAGAAAAUAAUUUUGAAUGAGCUAUGAUGAAAUCACUUGUCUGUUAAUUAUUUAGUUGAACUUGAUUAUUCAGGGCUGUUCAGACUUGAGCACUGAAGAAGUUGUAAGACAAAACUCACUCUUCUUUGUAAUUACCUCACAGACAACAGCUGCCACCAUGAGUACAGACGCGGAAAUGGCCAUUUAUGGCAAAGCUGCCAUUUAUCUCCGUAAACCAGAGAAGGAGAGAAUUGAGGCUCAAAGCAAACCAUUUGAUGCCAAGACAGCCUGCUAUGUGGCCGAUGCCAAAGAGCUGUACCUGAAGGCAACAAUACUCAAGAAAGAGGGUGGCAAAGUCACCGUCAAAGUCCUGGACACAGAGGAGGAGAAGACAGUUAAAGAAGAUGACGUCUGUCCAAUGAACCCUCCCAAAUUCGACAAAAUUGAGGACAUGGUCAUGAUGACCCAUCUCAAUGAAGCCUCUGUCUUGUAUAACCUUAAAGAGCGUUAUGCAGCAUGGAUGAUCUACACCUACUCUGGGUUGUUCUGCGCCACUGUGAACCCCUACAAGUGGCUCCCAGUGUACGAUGCUGAAGUUGUAAGUGCCUAUAGAGGCAAGAAGCGUAUGGAGGCUCCACCCCACAUCUUCUCUGUCUCUGACAACGCUUAUCAGUUCAUGCUUUGUGAUAGGGAGAACCAGUCUGUCUUGAUCACUGGAGAAUCUGGUGCUGGAAAGACUGUGAACACCAAGCGUGUCAUCCAGUACUUUGCAACAAUCUCAGUUGGUGGAGACAAGAAGAAGGACACAGGAAAGAUGCAGGGGUCACUGGAGGAUCAGAUUAUUGCAGCCAAUCCCUUGCUGGAGGCCUAUGGUAAUGCCAAAACUGUGAGAAAUGACAACUCUUCUCGUUUUGGUAAAUUCAUCAGAAUCCAUUUUGGAACAUCUGGCAAAUUGGCUAGUGCUGAUAUUGAGACAUAUCUGCUGGAGAAGUCUAGAGUGACAUUCCAGCUUCCUGAUGAGAGAGGCUACCACAUCUUCUACCAAAUGAUGACCAACCACAAGCCUGAGCUGAUUGAAAUGUCACUCAUUUCAACCAACCCCUAUGACUUCCCCAUGAUCAGCAUGGGUCAGAUCACAGUGGCCAGCAUUGAUGACAAAGAGGAGCUGGAUGCCACCGAUAAUGCUAUUGAUAUCCUGGGCUUCAGUAAUGAGGAGAAGAUGAGCAUCUAUAAAAUGACUGGUGCUGUCAUCCACCAUGGUAACAUGAAGUUCAAGCAGAAGCAGCGUGAGGAGCAGGCUGAGCCUGAUGGCACAGAGGAUGCUGACAAGGUUGCUUACUUGUUGGGUCUAAACUCCGCUGACAUGCUGAAGGCUCUGUGCUAUCCCAGAGUGAAGGUCGGAAAUGAGUUUGUCACCAAGGGACAGACUGUACCUCAGGUGCUGAACUCAGUGACUGCCCUUGCAAAGUCUAUCUAUGAGAGGAUGUUCUUGUGGAUGGUCAUCCGUAUCAACCAGAUGUUGGACACUAAACAGCCCAGGCAGUUCUUCAUUGGUGUCCUGGAUAUUGCUGGCUUUGAAAUCUUUGAUUUCAACACAUUGGAACAGCUGUGCAUUAACUUCACCAAUGAGAAAUUGCAGCAGUUCUUCAACCACCACAUGUUUGUGCUGGAGCAAGAAGAGUACAAGAAGGAGGGCAUUAUCUGGGAGUUCAUUGACUUUGGCAUGGACUUGGCUGCCUGUAUUGAGCUGAUUGAAAAGCCCAUGGGCAUCUUCUCCAUCCUUGAAGAGGAGUGCAUGUUCCCCAAGGCCACGGACACAUCCUUCAAGAACAAGCUGUAUGACCAGCAUCUUGGCAAAAAUAAAGCAUUUGAGAAGCCAAAGCCAGCCAAGGGCAAGGCUGAGGCCCACUUCUCCCUGGUGCACUAUGCUGGUACUGUGGACUACAAUAUCUGUGGCUGGCUUGACAAGAACAAGGACCCACUGAAUGAGUCUGUCCUGCAGCUGUACCAGAAGUCCUCAGUUAAACUUUUGGCUCUUCUGUAUCCUCCUGCUGCUGCUGAGGAUACCGGAAAGAAGGGAGGCAAGAAGAAGGGUGGUUCUAUGCAGACUGUGUCUUCACAGUUUAGGGAGAACUUGGGCAAGCUGAUGACUAACUUGAGGAGCACCCAUCCUCACUUUGUGCGCUGUCUGAUUCCCAAUGAGUCAAAGACUCCAGGUCUGAUGGAGAACUUCCUGGUCAUCCACCAGCUCAGGUGUAACGGUGUGCUGGAGGGUAUCAGAAUCUGCAGAAAAGGUUUCCCCAGCAGAAUCCUCUACGGUGACUUCAAGCAGAGGUACAAGGUACUGAAUGCCAGCGUCAUCCCUGAGGGCCAGUUCAUUGACAACAAGAAGGCUGCAGAGAAGCUGCUUGGUUCAAUCGAUAUUGAUCAUGACCAGUACAGAUUUGGACACACCAAGGUGUUCUUCAAGGCUGGUCUGCUGGGUACCCUUGAGGAAAUGAGAGAUGAAAAGCUGGCAAAUCUUGUUACCAUGACUCAGGCUAUCUGCCGUGGGUUCCUCAUGAGAAGGGAGUUUGUGAAGAUGAUGGAAAGGAGGGAUGCCGUCUUUACAAUCCAGUACAACGUACGUUCAUUCAUGAAUGUCAAACACUGGCCAUGGAUGAAGGUGUACUACAAGAUCAAGCCUCUGCUGAAGAGUGCUGAAACUGAGAAGGAGCUGAUGCAGAUGAAGGAGAACUAUGAGAAGAUGGAAAAAGACUUGGCUACCGCUCUGGCCAAGAAGAAGGAACUGGAGGAAAAGAUGGUGUCUCUCCUGCAGGAGAAGAACGAUCUGCAGCUGCAAGUAGCAUCUGAAUCAGAGAAUCUGUCAGAUGCUGAGGAGAGAUGUGAGGGACUUAUCAAGAGUAAGAUUCAGCUGGAGGCCAAACUCAAAGAGACAACUGAGAGACUGGAGGAUGAAGAGGAAAUCAAUGCUGAGCUUACUGCCAAGAAGAGAAAGCUGGAGGAUGAAUGCUCUGAGCUCAAGAAGGAUAUUGAUGACCUGGAGCUGACCUUGGCCAAAGUGGAAAAGGAGAAACAUGCCACUGAGAACAAGGUGAAGAAUCUGACUGAGGAGAUGGCCUCUCAGGAUGAGAGCAUUGCUAAGCUGACCAAGGAGAAGAAAGCCCUUCAGGAGGCUCAUCAGCAGACUCUUGAUGACCUGCAAGCUGAGGAGGACAAAGUCAACUCACUGACCAAGUCAAAGACCAAGCUUGAGCAGCAAGUGGAUGAUCUUGAGGGUUCUUUGGAGCAAGAGAAGAAGCUGCGUAUGGACCUGGAGAGAGCCAAGAGGAAGCUUGAGGGUGAUCUGAAACUGGCCCAGGAAUCUAUCAUGGAUCUUGAGAACGACAAACAGCAGUCUGAGGAGAAAAUUAAAAAGAAGGACUUUGAAACUAGUCAGCUCCUUAGCAAGAUUGAGGAUGAGCAGUCAAUGGGCGCUCAGCUUCAGAAGAAGAUCAAGGAGCUUCAGGCCCGUAUUGAGGAACUGGAGGAGGAGAUUGAGGCUGAGCGUGCUGCUCGUGCCAAGGUUGAGAAGCAGAGAGCUGAUCUCUCCAGGGAACUUGAGGAGAUCAGUGAGAGGCUGGAGGAGGCCGGUGGUGCCACUGCUGCUCAGAUUGAGAUGAACAAGAAGCGCGAGGCUGAGUUCCAGAAGGUCCGUCGUGACCUUGAGGAAGCCACCCUGCAGCAUGAGGCCACUGCUGCUGCUCUGCGCAAGAAGCAGGCUGACAGCGUUGCUGAGCUGGGUGAGCAGAUCGACAACCUCCAGCGUGUCAAGCAGAAGCUUGAGAAGGAAAAGAGUGAAUACAAGAUGGAGAUUGAUGACCUCUCCAGCAACAUGGAGGCUGUUGCUAAAGCAAAGGGAAAUCUUGAAAAGCUGUGCCGUACUCUUGAGGACCAACUUAGUGAACUAAAGACCAAGAAUGAUGAAAAUCUUCGUCAAAUCAAUGAUGUGGGUGCACAGAAAGCACGUCUUCUGACAGAAAAUGGUGAGUUUGGCCGUCAAAUUGAAGAGAAAGAAGCUCUAGUCUCCCAGCUGACCAGAGGCAAACAGGCCUUCACACAGCAGAUUGAGGAGCUGAAGAGACAUAUUGAAGAGGAGGUUAAGGCCAAGAAUGCUCUUGCCCAUGGACUGCAAUCAGCCCGCCAUGACUGUGAUCUGCUGAGGGAGCAGUUUGAAGAGGAGCAGGAGGCCAAGGCUGAGCUGCAGCGUGGAAUGUCCAAGGCCAACAGUGAGGUGGCUCAGUGGAGAACUAAGUAUGAAACUGAUGCUAUCCAGCGCACUGAGGAGCUUGAGGAGGCCAAGAAAAAGCUUGCCCAGCGCCUUCAGGAGGCUGAGGAGCAGAUUGAGGCUGUGAACUCCAAGUGUGCUUCUCUGGAGAAAACCAAACAGAGGCUCCAGAGUGAGGUGGAGGACCUCAUGAUUGACGUGGAGAGGGCUAAUGGGCUGGCCGCCAACCUGGACAAGAAGCAGAGGAACUUUGACAAGGUGUUGGCAGAGUGGAAACAAAAGUAUGAGGAGGGUCAGGCAGAGCUUGAAGGAGCUCAGAAGGAGGCUCGUUCUCUCAGCACUGAGCUGUUCAAGAUGAAGAACUCUUAUGAGGAAGCUCUGGAUCACCUGGAGACCAUGAAGCGUGAAAACAAGAACCUGCAACAGGAGAUCUCAGAUCUGACUGAACAGAUUGGUGAGACUGGCAAGAGCAUCCAUGAGCUGGAGAAGUCCAAGAAGCAGGUGGAGACAGAGAAGGCUGAGAUCCAGACAGCUCUUGAAGAGGCUGAGGGCACUCUUGAACAUGAAGAGUCUAAGAUCCUGCGCGUCCAGCUGGAGCUCAACCAGAUUAAAGGUGAGGUGGACAGGAAGCUGGCAGAGAAAGAUGAGGAGAUGGAGCAGAUCAAGAGGAACAGCCAGAGGGUGAUUGACUCCAUGCAGAGCACUCUGGAUUCUGAGGUCAGGAGCAGAAAUGAUGCCCUGAGAAUCAAGAAGAAGAUGGAGGGAGAUCUGAACGAGAUGGAGAUUCAGCUGAGCCAUGCCAAUCGCCAGGCUGCUGAGUCCCAGAAGCAGUUGAGGAAUGUGCAGGCACAGCUGAAGGAUGCACAAUUGCACCUUGAUGAUGCUGUCAGAGCCCAGGAUGACAUCAAGGAACAAGCUGCUAUGGUGGAACGCAGAAACGGUCUUAUGGUGGCUGAAAUUGAGGAACUUAGAGUUGCCCUGGAACAGACAGAGAGAGGCCGCAAAAUUGCUGAGCAGGAGCUGGUGGAUGCCAGUGAGCGUGUUGGACUUCUGCACACUCAGAACACAAGCCUUCUGAACACUAAGAAGAAGCUUGAGGCUGACUUGGUUCAGAUCCAGAGUGAAGUGGAUGACACUGUUCAGGAAGCAAGGAAUGCAGAGGAGAAGGCCAAGAAGGCCAUCACUGAUGCUGCAAUGAUGGCUGAAGAGCUGAAGAAGGAGCAGGACACCAGUGCUCACCUGGAGAGGAUGAAGAAGAACCUGGAGGUGGCUGUUAAGGACCUGCAGCACCGCCUGGAUGAGGCUGAGAACCUGGCCAUGAAGGGUGGCAAGAAGCAGCUCCAGAAACUCGAGUCUAGGGUGCGUGAGCUGGAGACAGAGGUUGAGGCUGAACAAAGACGUGGAGCAGAUGCUGUUAAGGGUGUUCGCAAAUAUGAGAGGAGGGUGAAGGAACUCACCUACCAGACUGAAGAGGACAAGAAAAACAUUACCAGGCUGCAGGAUUUGGUUGACAAGUUACAGCUCAAGGUGAAGGCCUACAAGAGGCAGUCUGAGGAAGCGGAGGAGCAGGCCAAUGUUCAUCUGUCCAAGUGCAGGAAGAUCCAGCAUGAGCUUGAGGAGGCUGAGGAGCGUGCAGACAUUGCAGAGUCCCAGGUCAACAAGAUGAGAGCAAAGAGCCGUGACUCCGGCAAGGGAAAAGAGGCAGAAUAAAGCACUCCACCUGAUGGGCUGAUUCUAAUCAUAUAAUAUGAUGUGAAAUAUACCACAAUAAAACAGUUUUUUCAUCUUAAAUUGCUGUUUGUGUUAUUUUGAUCUCAAUGUGUCCUGAGAUAUAGCAAAUGUGUAAUUUGGAUCAUCUGUGACAAAGUUAAACAAAAUUCUACUAUAUUUAUUAGAAUGGCUGGCUACAGCAUAAAGUAUGCUGCAUAAUGUUUUUGAUGUAUGGGUCUGAGAUAUUUUAAAGUUAAAAUUGACCAGCUACCACCACAUAAUUACAGUGGGGAGAAUGAUUGGCAAUUAUCUGCUAUCCAAACAGCAGAAGGAGCUGCUCUGCCAUCCUAUAAGGUCCGGUAGAAGUGGCAACAACCAGGGCUUGAAAGAGAGAAGUAACAGGAGCGCUGCUGGUGUCCCUCAAACUACCGGUGCUCAUGGAAGUGUGUGUGACACCAGACCCUGAAGAAGGUGCAAGCUGACACGCUUUGGUGUGUUUUUUAAUGACUCUAGCCCAUUGAAAUAAAGGCCUUCUAUUUUUCAAACCUACCUUGAGUGCCUGGACCUGGAUUUUUAUGCUAUUUUUUGGUCAUAAUUCUUCCGCUCUUCUUCAAACCAGGGCUUGAAAUUGAAGCCAAUGCAAAAGUCCCUUAAAGUGCAAUACCACUGACGGCCACUAGGUGAUGGCUUCAAAAUGUCCCUGGCUUCAGUAGACUCUUAUUCAAAAAGUGUAAACUUCUCUCAUGAAAUACUGUUUCAAUAGAUUUUUUUUCAACAAAUCAUUAUGGUCUCAAUCACUAAAUUCAGGCCUAAAUUCGGGAACUUCUGGACUCAUGUACACAUUUCGUCAAUAAUUCACAAAUCAAGUAAUAAAUUCUCCUCAGACACGUGAUGAUCUGAAUACAAAUAAGAGGCUUGAGGCUGGCCAGGUUGUGUGCAGGAAGCAGGGUAUGCAGAGAGGGCAAAUCAUCAUGGUCUCAAUCACUA